GGGGAGUGUGGAGCAGGAGGGAGAGCUUCGGGGCUAGGCCCAGGGAGGGGGGCGUCCCAGGUCCAAGUUCCUCCCCAGCCAGGCACAGCCCUCGGCACCUGUGUCCUCGGCUGUAAAAUGGUUGGAAUCAGAGCUGCUUCUCAGGAAUGACCUGUUCUCAGGGACCCCUGAUGAGGUGCAGGCAGGCCUGGCGCUACUGGGCAGCCCCUGGAGGGUGUGGUGUGAACACCUGAGCAACCAGCUGAGGAAGCACAGGGUAUUCACAGGUGUUGCCGGUCUGCACUGAGAAGUAAGAAUAUGGGAAUUCCCUGGCAGUCUAGUGGUUAGGACUCGACGCUUUCACUGUCAAGGGUGAGGGUUCGAUGGAUCCCUGGUUGGGGAACUAAGAUCCCACAAGCAGCACGGUGCAGCCAGAAGAAAAAAGAAAAGAAAGGAAAGAAUGUGCAUGAUUGAUUUACUUGGGAAAAAUGCUUAUUUGUAUAAUUAGAUCACCUGGGCUUUGCAGGUCACCGUCAGCCAAGAACCACGUGUUGAUUUCUACCAUAAAACACCAACAUCUGGGCAUGUGGCCCAGUGGGCAGCAAUGGGCCUUCAGGCCAGCUAAUACUGAGUGACUGGAGGCCAGGGUGGGGGGGUCGAACCUUUCUGGGCCUCCGUAUCCUCAUCAGGAGAGCAGAAAUGGUAAUAGUACCCACUUCAUGGGUUCCUCAAUGAAUAUUAAAUGAGUAAAUGCCACAAACAGCUUGCAACAGUGCUGGGCUCGUGUCACCUGCCAAAACAAGUGAGCCUGCCAUUCGCAGGUCCCGACCAGGUCCUGGGCUCUGUGCUGGACCAGUGGACAGAGGCUGUCCUGCCCUGCAAGUCACAGAGGCACCCCUUGCCUGGCUGUUUCUGUCCUGGCCUGUGUCACUGCCCUGCUCUGUGUUCGCAAAUCAUCUGUCCUUUCCCCACCCCCAAAACCUUGCCCAGGAAGUCAGGGCCCUUUGUCACACUGCCUCCAGACACCAGGAACAGCGCCGGGCACAAGGAAGUGCUUGGUAAAUACUGGUUAAGUGAUCCUAUGUACUGGAGUGGAAGGUAAACCUCAAACGUGAACUUGCAGAUACAGGCAGACCUUGUUUUAUUGCACUUCACCGAUACUGUGUUUUUUACAAAUUGAAAGUUUAUGGCCACCCUGAGUCAAUCAAGUCUUGGUGCCAUUUUUCCAACAUCAUUUGCUCACUGCAUGUCACUGUCACAUUGUGGUAAUUCUCAAAGUAUUUCAAACUUUUUCAUUAUUAUUAUAUUUGUUAGGAUCUAUGAUCAGUGAUCUUUGAUGUUACUACUGUGACUCGCUGAAGGCUCAGAUGAUGGUUAGCAAUUUUUAGCAAUAAAGUGUUUUUUUAAAUUAAGGUAUGUACUUUUUUUUAGACAUAAUGCUACUGCACGCUUAAUAGACUACAGUGUAGUGUAAACAUAACUUUUAUAUGCACCAGGAAACUGAAAAAUUUGUGCAACUCGCUUUAUUGUGGUGGUCUAGAACCGAAGCACAGUAUCUCCAAGGUAUACCUGUACUUGGAAAUGCUUUGAAGAAAAUGAAACAGGGUCAGGAAUUCCCUGGCAGUCCAGUGGUUAAGACUCUGCACUUCCAUUGCAGGGCGCACGGAUUCAAUCCCUGGCCGGGGAACUAAGAUCCCACAUGCCACAAUGCGGCCAAAUAAAUAAAUAAAACAGGGUCACGUGAAAGAGAAGGGACUGUGUUACCCAGGAUGGUCAUGGGAGGGAGACUCAGGGAGCAGGUGACACUUGAGCUGAAAUGCAGCUCUGAGAGUUCUCUUUCUAGGACAGUGCUCCUAGUGUAGGGAACAGCAGGUGUGUUCAAGGAACACCAGGGAGGCCUACAAGAGGCGGGAGGGGAGACCAGAGCACAGAGCACCUCACAGGCCAGGGUGAGCCUUCAGGCUUUAUUCAGAGUGCGCACCCACAUUUUUGAGUGCUCCCUGUGCUGCGAUGUGGACCACGGGGCUGAGUCUGGGCAUAGGGGAGCAGGGAGCAGCUCUGUGUGCUUAGCUUGGUUGGCCUGGCGUUGGUGCUGCCACUGGUGGAGAGCAUGUUAGAUGUAUAUUAGAUGAGGAGGAGGGAGAGGGGGAAGGAAGCAUUCCUUCAUUCCUGGGCCCCAAGCCUGCCCUCCUCCCUGCCCUGGAAUCCCACCCCACCCACCCCGCCCCAUAUUUUCUGGCCAGGCCACCCCUCCUGAAAGCCAUGGGCCCAGCUGGAACCUACUGCCUCACCUGCCCCUGGGGGAGGAGUGUUUGCCCGUUGCCAGGCGCCCAGGUUCCGGCCCCUAGUACUGGCAGCAGCCAUGCUGCACGCACAGUCCUUCCUGCCAUGGCUGCUUCUGCUAGCGAUGCCUGUCCGCACCCACACCUGGUCACGGCCCGUGUGGUACCAGGUGGGGCUGGACUUACAGCCCUGGGGGUGCCAGCCAAACAGCCUGGAGGGUUGCAAGGGCAGCCUGGGGUGUCCUGGCCAUUGGAUGGGCCUGGGGGUGAACCGCAUCUACCCAGUGGCUGGGGUCACCGUCGCCACUACCAUGAUGCUGAUGCUCAGCCGUGCGGUGAUGCAACGGCGGCGCUCACAGGCCACUAAGAGUGAGCAUCCGCAGGUGACGGCUAGCCCCUGUGCACCCUGGAAACGACGGGCCCCGAUCUCAGACCGUGCCCUACUCCGUGGGGUCCUGCAUAUGCUGGAUGCCCUCCUGGUCCAUAUUGAGGGCCAUCUGCAGCGUCUAGCCACCCAGCAGCGAACCCAAAUAAACGGGACUCCUGCCCAGAGCGGGCAUCAGGAUCUGCUGAUGAACAGAACAGGCUCCUCCCUCACCCACUCACAAAUAGGGGAGGGUAGAGGUGGUGAUGAAGCAGACUCAAAAACUCAAUUCCUCUGCAGAGAGUUGUGCUGAGCCAGUUGGAGUAGGGCAGGUGUGGGCUGACUGCUGGGACCUGAAGGGUGGUAGAAGAGAUCUUCCACCACCCAAAGAUCCAAGGAAUUCAGAUGGCCUCUAGAAGCUGGGAAUGACCCUUGGGUGAUAGCCAGCAAGAAAACAGAAACCUCAGUCCUUCAACCACUAUGAUCUAACUUCUGCCAAUAAACUGAAUGACCAAGGACACAUUCUCCCCUAGAACCUCCAGAAAGGACCACAGCCCUGCUAAUGUCUUGAUUUUAGCCCAAUGACAUCCAUGUUGGAUUUUGGGCCUACAGAACUGUGAGAUAAUAAAUUUGUUUUGUUCUAA